AUUUGUCCGUUCUUCGUUUCCACAACGGUUACAGAGACUAUCGGCACUUAGUGGUAGCUCUCCCGCGCUAAAAUGGCAAUAUAAAGCGUGCGGCAGCGAUCCUUGCAGCGGCAACAACCCGGCAGUGCAACGGCUAAGUGCACUGGCUAUUUCUGGCAAAAUGGCGUCUCUCUCGGCAACCACCCUCAGCUUUGCUGCCGUCGACAGCAGUACCGAACCCCUCGACUUGCUCACAUCAUCGGACUCGCCUUUGUUUUUAUUCACCCUUUCACGGCUACCACUGACCAGCAGCAGCCAUGACACUUUCCCAGCUGGCCUUGGAGGACGUGGAGGCCCUGUACUUAGAGCCCUCGUUUCUGAUGGCUGACCCCAUGGGGCCCCUUCUGGACCAAGAUGAAGAAGAAGCUCUUUCUCCCUCCUCCUCUCUAGAGGGGAAGGCGCCAGCUUCGCCCCCCCUCUCUUUCUCCUCCUACGCAUCCUCCCUGUCUCCCUAUCAGACCUUGUCGUCCUCCCCACUCUCUUCUGCCUCCCCACCUCCUUCUCCUCCUCCCACCGAUCCCUCCUCGUUCCUGGGAACCAAGGCCGGAGUGGACUCGCUGUCCCUCCCCUGGCUGGGUGCCAGUGAUCUGCUCGACGCCCACGUUGGAGCAGAAGAUGGAAAAGCAGAUGAUGCCUUCGCAGGCAUGGAUUGGAUGUCAGAGAAGAUCGACCUGAAUGAGUUUGACCUGGAUUCCCUCAUUGGCUCAUGCUCAUCUGAUGAUGCUCCCAGCUCCCCCGAGGACCUCCUUGCCUCGCUCGACUCCCACAUGGACCUGGAUCUAGACUCCUUCAACACAGCCAUCCCCACUUCACAAGAUAGCCUGGAACUGGGUCUGUCUCUACCAACUAUCCCCUCCCUCCCUCUGGAUCUCCCUCUUCCCAGGGCAGCUGAGGCUAAGACAACAAAGAUGGUGCCUGAUCAGGAGGUUGUUAUGAAGUCUGAGCCUCCCUCUCCAUCUCCCCCCUCUCCAGUCUACACAUUGGAGCUAGGAAGUGAAGUGGAUGUGCUGGAUGCAGAGAAAAUGGCCACAUCCCUCACUGCAGCCAUAAUCCCAGAUCCCAGUGGAAGCAUUCAGCCAAACAACCCCAUCGUGCUGUCCAUUCCCACCUCUGCUCACUUUGUGGUGGUGCUCACCAACAAAGAUGAGACUUCCCUUGUAGCGCACCCUGACCCGUCCAUUAAAACCUCUCCUCCAUCAAGCGACUGUGAUGAUGACUCUGGAUUUGAGUCAUUGGCCAGCUCACCACCUCGUCUCCCCUCUCCUCCUCCCACCUCUUCCCAAACAGCUGGUUCCUCUAGGACCAAACCCUACUCCAAGCCGGAGCCCGCCACCGCCUCCUCCCCCUCGACCAAGGUCUCCAGGGUCAAAUCAGUGUCUGGUGCUCCCAAGGUGGUCGAGAAGAAACUGAAGAAGAUGGAGCAGAACAAGACGGCAGCCACUCGCUACCGGCAGAAGAAGAGGGUUGAGCAGGACCUGCUCAACACAGAGUGUGAAGAGCUGGAGAAGAGGAACCACGAGUUGACGGAGAAGGCGGAGUCCAUCAGUCGAGAGAUUCAGUAUCUCAAGGAUCUGAUGGAGGAAGUUCGCAAGCACCGCCGCGGCAAGACCAGCUCAGUGGCUUAAAUACCAACAUGUUCAUGUGGCUCAGUCUUGCUGUUGCAGAGUAGUGAUGGGGUUGUUUUUGUGCUCCAGCGCUCACAUGCCGUAACAAAGAAAUACAUUUUAGUAUUAGCAGUACACGUUUGAAGAGAUUAAAGGAAAUUGGCAUGUGAGGUUGGACGUAUGAAACUCACCACUGAACAGAGAAAAGAGAAUAGCGGAAUGAAAAGUGAAGAGCCUCUGGAAGUUGAGAUUAUUAGUGUAGAACAGGGGGCUGGGAGGUAGUCAGGUGAAGCAUCUGUACAUGCUUGUCUCUCAGUCCCCUGUUAGAUCCCUAUGUGUACUCCCUGUUUUGCUGGUAGUACUUGUACAAACAGGCAGGGUGUAUAUUUGUCUUUGUAGACUAGGCAUGCAAAACAUGAGUCACCAUAGUUCCUGGUAGUGUUAUAGACCUGUAACCCAUUGAUGAGAUUCCCUCACACUCAAACAUCAGUUAAUAGCCAGACCUCAGAAAUAACUCCUGUGUCAGCAAAGUGAGAUACCACCUCUACCUUGUUACCCACUCCUUUUUAACCCAGUGUCACCCCAUUUCGACCUUCCUCUUUAACAGCUUCAAGUCCAGAAAGGGGCCUCAGCCUAUUUAUGAAUUCUUGAUGUUACACUGUCAACAUUUUUCCCUUUUUUUUGUAUAUAGUUUCCCUCCCCUUUGCUUGCCGAUUGUGGCUUUUGUUAUUUAAUGCUGGGUAAAAACCUGAUCAUGUCUCAAGUAGCUCAGUCUCUUAGUGCAGGUGUUUGGCUUGUAAAAAUGCUUUACCCUUCUUUUUUCUAAUAAAUAUCUAUCAGUACUCAA